UUUGAAAUCCUCUGGUUAGGCUCGACCCAAGCCUUUCUCAUUCCCAUGUUUGCCAUUUCGGCGGUGGUGGGGCCCAUUGCUGACGCCGGCUAUGGCAAGUGGUCAUUCCUCACAGUUCUAGGGAUGUUCAUCAUGAGCCUCUGUCACGAGUACUGGCAGGUGUUUCUGGCCCAGGCUCUAGCCAUAGCACGGACUGGGCUUUGGCUGCCUUCAAAUGCCCGCACCCUCCAUUUCCCUAGCUCUGGUAGAGCCAGGAGCAUAAAUCGCACUGCCUUCCGAGAUCCGCCAUACAUCCUGCUCGACGUCGGUCUGAUUUUUGGUUCAUGGGCCUCUACCUCAUCCUGUACUCUUUUCAGCUUUUUGCCAUCGCACAGGCCCGAGUGUCUUUAUGCUCUGAAACAUAUCUGCUAAUCAUUUAGGGUUCUUGCUAGCCAGCUGUCAGUGGGACCGCAAUAUGCCCCGUCCUUUACUGCAUGAUUUCUACCUUCAGCCUUCAACUACAUU